UCAUUUUCAUAUGAAACAGGGAGAAAUCAAUAACAGAUAUCAUAACAAUGGGUUUGAGUGUUCAUCAGCUUCUUUUUUUUCUAAUGUUUUACGUUUCAACAUUUUCCAUUGUUCCCUCAGCUUCCUUUUCGUUAAAUACGGAUAGUGAAGCUCUGCUCUCGUUCGAGUCCCAAAUGAGCCAAAGCCCACAAUCACUUUCAUUCUCUUGGGACCCAAACACAUCUCCUUGUAAUUGGACUGGCGUGACUUGCGACACACGUAUCAGAAGAGUGGCUUCCAUCAACCUCUCUGGUCAUGGUCUCACCGGUUCCAUAAGCCCAAGUAUUGGUAAUCUCUCUUUUCUUACAUCUCUCCAACUUCAAAAUAAUCAACUUCGAGGUCCAAUUCCAAAAGAGAUCACAAAUCUUUUUCGUCUGAGGGUUCUUAAUUUAAGCUCUAACAGCUUAGACGGAUCCUUACCUUCCAACCUAAGCAAGUUAAUAGAGCUACGAGUCCUUGAUCUAACCUCAAACAUGAUCACGGGUAUCGUUCCGAACCAACUUGGUGAUCUCAAGAACCUAACUAUUUUAAACUUGGGAAAAAAUCUGUUGCAUGGACCCAUUCCACCAUCUCUUUCAAACAUUUCAUCUCUUACCGUUUUAAGCCUAGGCACAAACUCUCUUAGUGGUCCAGUUCCUAACGAGUUGGGUCGUCUUCAAAGGCUUCAAGUCCUUGAUCUCACCAUAAACAACCUCUCUGGAACAAUUCCUCCUUCUAUUUACAACAUCUCGUCUCUAGAAUCAUUGGUUAUUGCUUCAAACAACUUUUGGGGUCAGUUUCCUAGCAACAUAGGAUACACACUUCCAAAACUCUUGGUUUUCAACGUGUGUUUCAACAAGUUCAGCGGAGAGAUUCCAGCUUCUUUAUACAGCCUCACAAAUAUUAAGGUUAUCCGCGCUGCACACAACCUCUUAGAAGGGACCAUACCAUCAGGAUUAGGAAAUCUCCCAUUCCUAGAAAUGUACAACAUUGGAUUCAAUAAGUUAGUUUGGGGUAAAGAUCAAAAUCUUGAUAGUUUCAUCAAGUCUUUCAGUAAUAGCUCCAAACUUAACUUCCUUGCAUUUGAUGGAAACCUCUUGGAGGGUGUUAUUCCGGUAUCUAUUGGCAAUCUUCCGAAGAAUCUUUCCAAACUUUUCAUGGGAGGAAACCGCUUCACGGGUAUUAUUCCUGAGUCCAUCGGCGAUCUGACAGGAUUGACUCUGUUUAACAUCAGUGACAACUCACUCACCGGUGAAAUCCCUCAAGAUAUUGGUAAAUUGAAAGGUUUGCAAGUGUUAGAACUUGCGAGAAAUCAGCUUACUGGGAGAAUACCAGAUUCUAUUGGUGAUCUUGGCGAGUUAAAUGAGAUCAAUCUAUCGCACAACAAACUACAAGGUAGGAUCCCACCAUCAUUUGAAAACUUCAAGAAUAUGUUAUCCAUGGAUCUAUCCAGCAAUAUGCUAAAUGGAAGCAUACCAAAUGGAGUUCUUAACCUACCUAGCUUGAGUGCCGUCUUGAAUCUAUCUAGCAACCUAUUUUCUGGUCCAAUUCCUCAAGAUAUAAGUCGCCUCGAAAGCCUUGUGAGUCUAGAUCUCUCUAGUAACAACUUCUCAGGCCACAUCCCUUCAUCUAUCAAAGAUUGUCAAAGCUUGGAGAGGCUAAACAUGGCUGGCAAUAAUCUAGACGGACCAAUCCCGGAUGCAUUAGCAGAAGUAAAAGGUCUAGAGUUUCUUGAUCUCUCUUCAAACCAGCUUUCCGGUGUUAUUCCUCCAAAACUUCAAGAUUUACAAGCAAUGAAAUUCUUGAAUAUUUCAUUCAACAAUCUUGAAGGAUGGGUCCCAAGCCGUGGAGGUUUCAAAGAUCGUUCUAAAGCUUAUAUGGAGGGGAAUCCAAAGCUCUGCAUUCACACUUGUCGAAAAACUCGGACGCACAGAAAGCUUUUGAAAGUUAGCAUUAUUACAUGUGUGGUAGGUCUGUUUGCAAUAUGUGUGAUAAGUUUCUUGAUUUGGAAAAGAAAGGAAAAGAGGUCUUCCACAUCUACCUCAUCAUCAAAUUCACUCCUCAAGGAACCAUUUAUGAAUGUUUCAUAUGAUGAGCUCAGGAGAGCUACUGAAAAUUUCAACCCUAGAAAUCUUCUUGGUGUUGGAAGCUUUGGAUCGGUAUUCAAAGGGGUGAUACGAGGGGUUGAUGUUGCGGUGAAAGUCAUUGAUCUCAAGGCAAACGGAUACUACAAAGGCUUUAUAGCAGAGUGUGAGGCUUUAAGGAAUGUAAGGCACAGGAAUCUUGUGAAACUAAUAACUUCUUGUUCAAGCAUAGACUUCAAAAACAAUGAGUUUUUGGCUUUGGUGUAUGAGUUUUUAAGCAAUGGAAGCUUAGAAGAAUGGAUCAAAGGUAAACAUAGAAAACCUGAUGGGAGUGUUGGGUUAAGUCUUGAAGAAAGAGUGAAUGUAGCCAUUGACAUUGCAUCUGCAUUGGAUUAUUUGCACAAUGAUUGUGAAGUUCAUGUGGUUCAUUGUGAUCUAAAACCUAGCAAUAUUCUUCUAACCAAAGACAUGGUUGCAAAGGUCGGCGAUUUUGGGUUGGCUCGUGUGUUGUUUGACGCAUCCGAUGAUCGUCAUCACGCUUCUAUAAGCUCCACACAUGUCUUGAAAGGCUCCAUUGGUUAUAUUCCUCCAGAGUAUGGGCUUGGAGAAAAGCCAUCACAAGCAGGAGAUGUAUAUAGCUUUGGAGUGAUGUUGUUAGAGCUCUUGAGUGGAAAAAGCCCAAUGGACGAGUGCUUCGAAGGAGAUCAAAAUCUAAUAUCAUGGAUAAGUUAUGGGUUUCAAAGUAAUGCAAUUAUGGAAGUGAUUGAUCCUAAACUUAAGGGACUCAUCGAUGUUUCUGGUGCACAACUUCAUGCAAAACUUGUUUGCCUUAAGAAAACUAUUGAAGUUGGCUUGGCUUGUACUGCGUAUGCAGCUAGCGAACGGAUGAAAAUGAGAGACGUGCUACGUUUGUUGAAGGAGGCCAAGGGCAUGCUUAUCAAGGGAAACUAAUUGAUUAUAUUUUCCUAUUAGUUAUUUUAAAUGAAUAUAUAAGUUUUCUUUUGUCGGGAAUAUAUGUUUAUAUUAUCUCUUUAGUUAUAAUUUUUGUUUAAUAAGGGUCAUUCUGUAGUAAAAACUUGUUGCUUGUAAUUUUCUGAAAAUAAGGAUGUUGAAUA